AUGACAUUGAUGGGGGAAGGUGAUGGCGUGCUGAAUCACAUCAACAAACAUAAGACUCUGGCGGUGCAAGUGGACGCAGUCGGUGCUCCGUUCAGUGAAGACAAUUUUGUCAUGAAGCUUCUGGCCAGCCUAAGCGAGUCGUAUCAGUUCCGAAAAAUAGCAUCGGAUUCUAACGCCGACUCGUUUCCGUGGGAACUAGUGACGUCUCGGCUAUUGCAUGGCGAUAUGAAGCGCAAGGAGCGAGUGGCGGAAUCGAAGGAGCCGCACACGGUAAAUUUUGAGCAUUUAUGUCAAGAGACAACAAGCGUAAAACUCGAUUAG